AUGGUGUUUUUCCUCCCAAAGAAGGAUGAUAAUACGAUUGCUCGAACCAAAGUGUUGGAGAAUGUUUUAACUUCUACAUCUCAAGGUGAUCCGUACAAAGAAUUAUGGCGCAGGAUUUGGAAAGCAACAGUGCCUGGAAAGGUUCAGAUUUAUGUUUGGCGUGCAUGCUCAAAUCUCCUUCCUACAAGAGCCAAACUUUCCACUAAGGGGUAUCAAGGUGACCUGCAGUGUCUCCUAUGUUCUCAUGCUUAUGAGGACACUUCCCAUGUCUUUUGUAAAUGUCCUAUUGCUACUGCCAUACUCACUGCAUCCCCUUUUAAUUUGGGGAGUAGCUUACUGCCGUCUUUGGAAUUUAAAGAGUGGUUAUUGGACCAUGCUCGGAAUCUGCCAAAUGACUUGUUUGCUAAACUCCUCAUGAUCUUAUGGGCCUUGUGGAAAAACAGGAAUAAUAUGUUGUGGAAUCAUACUAAACAAUCGGCUGAGGAGUUGGUACUUAGCUCACUGGCGUGGCUGGAGGAGUUUGGGAAAGCAAACAAAAUAAACAAAACUGCUCUCUCAAAACCGAAGCAAGCGUGGAGGCCAGCAGGUUAUGGUACAUGGAAACUCAAUGUUGAUGGAAGUUUUCUCCCAGGAAUUGCUCAUGGAGGAGUCAGGGGUGUCUUGCAUGAUGAUGCAGGACAAUUUCGAGCUGCCUUCGCAGCUCCAAUCCCAGCUGUUGCGUCAACAAGACAAGUUGAGCUAUGGGCCAUCAAGGAGGGCUUAAAACUGGUGGCCACAAUGCAGGUCAGCAAUAUCAUUAUCGAAACAGACUGCCUGGAAGCUGUGUCUUGUAUUGCAGAGACCCAAUUUACUUAUGUUCAUGAUGAAGGGAUAAUUGAUGAUAUUCGGCAGGAGCUAAACCAUAGAACUGACAUUAGUGUGCAGCAUACCUCACGAGUGAACAACCGUGUAGCCCAUUGUUUAGCUAAUUUAGCUUUUGAAGCUAGGCAUAGCUCUAUGUGGUUUAUGAAACCUCCAGAUUUCAUUGUGGGAGUACUCAACGAUGAUUGUAAGCAUUUGAGGUAG